AUGACGUCCACCACGACCAUCGUCCCGCCCCGCGCCGUCUCCCCCGUGCCGCGGCGGGCACCGGCCCCGGAGCCCAUCGAGCUGAUCCCGCCGCCGUGGCGCGUCACCGGCGACGUCUACUGCGUCUCCUUUUGGUCGCCGGCGCCGUCCCGGGCCGACGAGAAGCUCCCCGGGCACGCCUACUCGCCGCUCGAGGCCGGUGCCGAGUUUGCGAACCCGCGGGGCAGCCGGCCCGUCGGCGGGCUCGGCAUGAUCCAGAUUAUCCGCUACCGCGACUCGCCCGUCGGGCCCUACGACGAGAUGCUCGUCGUGCCCGGCUCGUUUGACUGGACCCGUCGGGGGCCCGCCGGCCGGCCGGAGAAGGGGUGCAACCCGCGCAUCUCGCGCAUCUACGUCUCGCAGAAGCAGUCGUGCUACAACGGCCGCAUCAACUGGGGCUGCCCCAAGCACCUGGCCCGCUUCGACUGGGACCUGGGCCCCAACGACGCCGUCACCGUCAAGGUGUAUCCUCACGACGUCUCGGGCGACGCCUCCGAGUCGCGCCCCAGCGCCGCGCCCUUCUUCCAGGCCUCGUUUGCGCCCGUCGCCUACGCGCCCGCCUUCCCCUUUGCCACGCGCUGGCUGGGCUACCUCGGCUUCAACACCACCAUUGUCAUGCCGCCGCUGCCGCGCGGGUCCGGCAGCCAGGGCGAGCUGCCGGGCACCGACCGCUGGCUCUCGUUUGUGCCCAAGCAGUACAGCCGCAACACGCGCGUCGGCUGGUUCGACAUGGCCCAGCAGCAGCAGCAGCAGAAGACGGCCGAUGACGACGACGGCGGCGGCAAGCAUGACAACUUUUGGCCGGGCCUUGGGCGCUGGCAGCUGGGCGUCAAGAUGGAGAAUGCAGAGGUCAUCUUCGACAACCCCCUCGAGACGUGGUCCACCGCUGUAAAGGCAAAGUCGAAUCUAUGA